ACAUUACCUACUGAGAGAACUGUAUUAUCGGCGCAGGUUUGCCUUUAAAAUUCGAAAAUUCCCUAGUUCUUUCUUUUGGUGCGAAUUCGUCGCUAAAAUGUCGCUCGUGAUACCAGAAAAGUUCCAGCACAUCCUUCGUAUCUUGGGUACGAACAUCGAUGGAAAACGUAAGGUAAUGUUCGCCCUUACGUCCAUCAAGGGGGUUGGUCGCAGAUACGCCAACAUCGUAUUGAAAAAGGCCGAUGUGGAUUUGGACAAAAGGGCCGGAGAAUGCUCCGACGAGGAGGUGGAAAAGAUCAUCACCAUCAUGUCCAACCCCAGGCAAUACAAAAUCCCAGACUGGUUCCUCAACAGACAGAAGGACAUCAUUGACGGCAAAUACAACCAAUUGACUUCAUCUUCCCUGGACUCGAAACUUCGUGAAGAUUUGGAACGCAUGAAGAAGAUCCGCUCCCACAGAGGAUUGCGUCACUACUGGGGCCUGCGCGUGCGCGGUCAACACACCAAAACCACCGGACGUCGUGGACGUACCGUUGGUGUGUCCAAGAAGAAGUAAUCUGCUUCUACGCUUCUGGCAUAUAUUUUAUAUUUAAGAUAUAAUAAAAAAAAUGUUUUCAACAACCAUAG